AGACUGUUCUAUUAACCUAUGACCUGUAAAGAUGGCGUCCAGUCAGGACGAUAGCCCGUCGGGAUGCAGACAUUCGGACUGUCCGAGCUUGUCCGCCCGGAGAGUGGUCACCAGUGCGGCCAGGGAGAGGUGGAAAUUACUGGGAAGGGCUCUAAAACAGCGUGCAACCAACGGCAAGGUAGAGGCCAUAUCCGUGCGCAGGUUUGAGUCCUUCGGUCUCCUGAAAACACGGAAGGCAAGAGAGGAUGAUUCCAUUCCGACUGAGAGGGAGGGGGUCAACAAGGAGGACGCUAAGUGGUUCCAGUACACCUGUGAUCUUGUGCCCAGCUUUAAGAUGGACAUCAGACAACUUGGUGGUUCUUUCACCUAUGAGGCCUUGAUUGGGUUCAACAAUACAGGAAAUGUCUGUAUUUGGCCAUCAGAGGAGGUCCUGACAUAUUACUGUCUGAAGAACAAAGAAAUUUUCAGGGACCAGAGAGUCUGUGAACUAGGAGGAGGGAUGACAUGCCUCGCUGGAGUAGCUGUGGCUGUUGCAUCUGCAGCUGAAGAAGUUGUUUUGACAGAUGGCAAUGAAAAGUCUGUGGAAAAUGUGGAGCAGAUUGUAAAGAGAAACUCUGCCCAGUUCAGAGACACCAGGGUUACCUGCCAGGUGUUAAAGUGGGAUGAACAGGACCAGCUGGACAGACUGACUGGGGUUUAUGAUCACGUCAUCUGUGCAGACUGCCUGUUCUUUGACCAGUACAGACAACCCCUCGUGGACUGUAUCUACAGAAUUCUCAAACCAAACGGCGUGGCCACAAUCUUUGCACCUCGGCGUAACCAGACACUGGAAGAUUUCUGCAGACGAGCUGAGCCGUUCUUCAGGGUGGCGACAGUUGAAAACUACGAAGAAGUCGUCUGGGCUCUUCAUCUUAAGUUGCAGACAGAAGACAGAGACAGGUACAACCCAGAUAUCCACUAUCCCAUCAUGCUGUCCCUCAUCAAGCAAUGAUAGCUGUGGACAGCAAUGCAGCUGUUCCUACCUACUGUACAGACCAGCUGGAUAGUACACUGCUGUUCCUGCAUGGUACCCAGAAUCAACUGUAACACCUACAACUUUCUGCAAGUUUUUUUGACACAUUUCCUUUAUUCUAUGAUCUUUAAUUGCAAAAUGUUUUUUUUUAAUCCUGAUGUGUGUGAGUGAGCUGUGUAGGCCUGGGAACGUUCAUGAGGACUGAACAACUGUUUUCAGUACCUUUUAUCUUCUAUGUUAUAUCCAUGAGGUUUUGACUCGUUGUACAAUUUUUUUAGAAUUCACUUACAUGACUUAAUCAUGUUUCUAGACUUUGUUUUAAAAAUUCCAUUGUACCCCAAUAAUAACUGCUGCCUCUGUGUAUAAUGUGUGAGAUGGAUUAGUCAGCUUACAAAAAUAUAAGUCUUCCUUCUUUUUAAGGGCCUCUUUUAAGUGUGUAUCUUACUGGGCUGCACCUGUGGACGACAAAUUAUUGCGGCAGCUUUGGCUUCCGUUCACACUGAUGGGUAAAAUACGUGACCUCCACAAACAAAAUGGCCACGCACGGAAUGUCACAUCCUCAGUUUCGGCCCUACAUUUGAUACAAUAUGACUUUAUUGAGAAGAGCAUGUUGCCGCUGAAUAUAAAAGCGAGUCUACAAUGAUUAAGGUUCAUCAAAAAGAGAUUUGCAGUGAUUUACACCUGUUGGCGAUUACUUCACAUCUAGUUUGUGUCCAUUUCCCAAUGUGCUUUUUUUAUAGAAAAUUUGCCAUUUCAGGCAACCGAUUGGCUCUUGUUGGCGACAAAUUGGCGAUGUGUUUUCGACUGUUUGGGAAUGUCCUUCGCAAACAGUGGCCAACAGGCAUGGCCCAGUGAGAUGUACAGGGUCUUCCACUGACUAAUGAACAACUGUCUGCCUGUAAAGCAGUCAUGUCAUCAUGUAUCAUUAUACUAAUCAAGGCUUUAUUAAGUCAGAAGUUAGUAUACUACAAGGUACUGUAAAUGCAUUUAAGUUUGCAGUGAUUUAAUUUUGUGGUACGUAGAGCUGUGUACCUAAGCAAAUUUUAGGUGCAGGUACAGGUACAUGAGUGUAGGUACAGGUCCGGACCUUUUUCAGUACCUGAACUACUUGUUCAAAUAAUGGUCGAUCUUUGAUGACAACAAAAGCAUGUUACCUGUAAAUGUGAAUGGAUUGUUGUGGUUACACUGUUACAGUAAGAAACACAAAAUUAGAAUUGCUUUGAACAUAAAUGCAUUUACAGUAACAUCAUUUUCGUCUUCACUUAUUUAGUCAUA